GUGACAACGUCGCGUUCGCCGAACAUUUAUUGGUAUAGUACAAUAAGUAGAAACCAGUAGAAUGAUCUAGAUUCGACUUAAAAAUGCUUGGUAUAAUUGUAUCUGGUCGGCUUUAAUGCCCCCCAUCUCACUUCACCUCACCUCACCUCACUUUGUCGUCAACUUGCCACGAGCAUCUUUACAUCUAAUCGAACAUGUAAAUGUGCAAACGGAUUUUCAGCAGAUAGGGGAGAACCAGUUUUUAAUAACAGUACCUGAUGCGGAUAAUAUAAACCAUAUUGUGGUAUUUCUCACUGGUACUAUACCAUUUCCUGAUGGGACAGGUGGCGCAGUGUACUUUAGUUGGCCGGAUCCAACUGCUCCACCUAAUUGGCAAUUUCUUGGGUAUAUCUCAAAUGCCAAGCCAUCUGCCAUAUUCAAGAUAUCCACUUUGAAGAAGAAUCACGAAUUCGAAAACAGUAAUUUAGGAAUUUUUGGAGUGGGGAAGAUUUCUCACGUAGCGCAGAUAGGAGUUUCAGUGGAGCCUAUUGGAGCUAUAGAACAACAAGCAGCCACAGUUACAGAAGCUACGUCGAACACUUUUCUAGAAUUUGUUCAGAAGAUGCUUACUAGCUUUUUGAAUUACGUUUCGAGUUUUUCUGUAACUCAGUCGCAAAUGACACCAAACCCAACAGAAAACUUUGUACCACUGUCCGCUAUCCAAGGAUGGUACGAAACUUUUGAGAGGAGGUUACAACAAAAUCCAAACUUCUGGAAAGCAUGAUGAGAAAGAAACUGACUCUCGAUAGUUCGUUACCAUUUUGCAUAGUGAUGCGUCAUUUUUCAGCACCCAAGUUCGCAUACGCGAAACAUCGCAUUAUGCGCAUAAAUUGAAAUUUUUUAUAUUCUCACUGAAAAACAAUAUCUUAAUAAUAAGAGUAUGCAGAAUUUGCUAUCUGUAAGUGUUUAACAUAAAUAUCAUCGCGUUUUUGUUAUUGUCUA